AUGGCAACCGAGAUAGAAUCUAGGCCAAGUGACAUCCUGGGCACCUUUGGAGCAGCAGCCACAGCUGGGGAACACAUCCAGGCAGUCACACGAAACUAUAUCACCCAUCCCCGAAUCACCUAUAGGACCGUGUGCAGUGUCAAUGGGCCUUUGGUUGUUCUGGAUAAUGUAAAGUUUGCCCAAUAUGCUGAGAUCGUCAACUUCACUCUCCCAAAUGGCACUCAGAGAAGCGGGCAGGUCCUGGAGGUGGCUGGGACCAAGGCCAUUGUUCAGGUAUUUGAAGGGACGUCAGGGAUUGAUGCCCAGAAGACAACCUGUGAGUUUACUGGUGACAUCCUCCGGACUCCUGUAUCAGAAGACAUGCUAGGUCGAGUUUUCAAUGGUUCUGGCAAACCCAUUGACCAAGGGCCAGAGGUUAUGGCUGAAGACUUUCUGGACAUCAACGGUCAGCCAAUCAACCCCCACAACCGAAUCUACCCUGAGGAGAUGAUCCAGACUGGCAUCUCACCCAUCGAUGUCAUGAACAGCAUUGCCCGGGGCCAGAAGAUCCCCAUCUUCUCUGCAGCGGGACUCCCCCACAAUGAGAUCGCUGCACAGAUUUGCCGACAGGCGGGGCUGGUGAAAAAGUCUAAGGAUGUCAUUGAUUAUCAUGAAGAUAACUUUGCCAUUGUGUUUGCAGCCAUGGGGGUAAACAUGGAGACGGCUCGAUUCUUCAAGUGCGACUUUGAGCAGAAUGGCACCAUGGGCAACGUCUGCCUGUUCCUGAACCUGGCCAACGACCCCACGAUCGAAAGGAUCAUCACACCCCGCCUGGCCCUGACUACAGCUGAGUUCCUUGCCUAUCAAUGUGAGAAGCAUGUGUUAGUCAUACUAACAGACAUGAGCUCCUAUGCAGAGGCCCUGAGAGAGGUCUCAGCUGCCAGGGAGGAGGUACCUGGCCGACGUGGUUUCCCUGGGUACAUGUACACGGAUCUGGCUACCAUCUAUGAGCGGGCAGGCCGAGUGGAAGGCCGGGGAGGUUCCAUCACACAGAUCCCCAUUCUCACAAUGCCCAAUGAUGAUAUCACCCACCCCAUCCCUGACCUGACUGGUUUCAUUACCGAGGGACAGAUCUAUGUGGACAGACAACUGCACAACAGACAGAUCUACCCUCCCAUCAACGUGCUUCCCUCCCUCUCCCGUCUGAUGAAGUCAGCCAUUGGCGAAGGCAUGACAAGGAAGGACCACGGUGACGUCUCGAACCAGCUGUACGCUUGCUACGCCAUUGGGAAGGAUGUCCAGGCCAUGAAGGCCGUGGUGGGGGAGGAGGCCUUGACCUCGGAUGACCUGCUGUACCUUGAGUUUCUGCAGAAGUUUGAGAAGAAUUUCAUCAACCAGGGCCCCUACGAAAACCGCAGCGUGUUUGAGUCCCUGGACCUUGGCUGGCAGCUGUUACGCAUCUUCCCCAAAGAGAUGCUCAAACGGAUACCCCAGAGCGUCAUAGAGGAGUUCUACCCUCGAGAGAGCUUGCACCAGGCCCUGCCUCCGAGCCCAGGCCCCACUGAUGCCUCUGACACCUCUCACUCCAUGCUCUAGGGCUGCCCCUAGAUCCCACUCUCCGCACUGACCCCUCCUGUGGGACCAUGCCUUAUGCCCACUCCCUCCACUGACCUCUCCCUAGCCCUUGUUCUGGGGCCUUUGGUACGCUCUGGUCUCCAUUCUGCACCCCUCCCCCUCACUGAUGGCUACCACCACCCAACCUGAGCUCCACCUGCAUCCCCCUCCAGUCAAAUACUUUUGGUGUAUCUCUGUCCCCCAGACUUCUGUUCCUCCUCCCUUCCAUCACUUCCCCUCCCCUCCUUCCUACAAAUAAGGAAACCUCCGUGCUCGAGCCCCACCCUAGACCCUUCCCCAGAGGCCAAGUCAUUCUAUCAUUUCCUUUGGAUACUAGCAGAGAGGAGAAAAUGGAGAAGAAAGAAAUCAGAGAACAGCUCCCUACCCUGCUAACUUCAGCUACUAUCUUUUAUUAAAAAUUCCGUUGCUUAA